AUGCACUUGAAGCCAUACUGGAAACUCCAGAAGAAAGAGCGACCUCUGGACGUCGGCCAGGAGCCCCUGGCAACACCCAUGAGCCACCAAAGGGCCAUCAAGGAUGAAAGGUGCAGCGCAGGCUACGUGAGACCAGGUGUCUUUCCUUCCACCUCUCUUGGUGCAGCCUCAUCUCGAAAGCCUUUUGGGAUCAUUUCUCCAAAUGUUCUGUGCAGCAUGAGUGGGAAGAGUCCUGCAGAAAGCAGCUUGAGUAUUAAAGCCAAAAAGAAUGUACCACCUGCAACAAUCCACCAAGGCGAAGAAGGGGAGGGGCCACUUGAUAUCUGGGCUGUUGUGAAGCCAGGAAAUACCAAGGAGAAAAUUGCAUUCUUUGCAGCCCACCAGUGUAGCAAUAGGAUAGGGUCUAUGAAAAUCAAAAGCUCCUGGGAUAUUGAUGGGAGAGCCACCAAAAGAAGGAAAAAAUCAGGCGAUCUUAAAAAAGCCAAGAUACAGCUAGAAAGGAUGAGAGAGCUCAACAGCAGGUGCUACCAGCCGGAGCCAUUUGCGUGUGGCAUCGAGCACUGUUCUGUACAUUCUGUGAGUGACGGUGGGGACGGUGUCUAUGCAGGGCGGCCUCUGUCGGUCAUACAGAUGGUUGCCCUCCUUGAGCAGAGAGCCAGUGCUCUUAUAGCCAGUUGUGCGAAGAAUUGUACUAACUCACCUACCCUUGUGAGGUUUUCUGGGCAUUCCCGAGGUGUGCCCCCAGCCUUCUCUACCCCAGCAGCCUGUGAAGAACCCUCGGAAAGGGGCAUUCCCGAGGUAGGCGAGCCACAGAGUGAGCCAGUCCGUGUCCUCGACAUAGUGGCCAGGCUGGAGUCGGAGUGCCUGAAACAGCAGAGCCAGCGUGAGCCGGGAAGCCUCUCAAGGAAUAACAGCUUCCGGCGCAAUGUGGGCCGGGUGUUGCUUGCAACCGGCACUCAGGCUGAUGAUGACAAAACACAAAAAGUUGUACCAGAAACUCAGGUGGACUCUUUGGGGUCUAGGUCUGAGUGCUGUGACCCCUCAAGAGUUGACCAGUGUUCUCCAAAUGGAGACCGGGCGUGGGAUGGUGUGGGUUUCCACAGGGACAGUGCAGAACUUGAACCAGGUCCAGGUCAGCAUUGUGCCGGGAAGAACAGCAGUAGGUAUGAUGUGGAAAUGACAGAGGAACUUGUCAGGUCACCCUUUCCUCCCACAGAUGCUGUUAAGUGUGUGAGUAGAGAGCUUGUGCCACUUCCUAGCCGAAGUUCUGACCAGAGAAGAAAAGAGUCUUUGUGCAUUAGUAUCACUGUGUGCAAGGUAGAGAGAGACCAGGCUUCUAGUGUAAACCCCGGUGGAGACCCACUUCCAGGGAGGUUAUUUUUCUUGCCUCCUGGUCAGCAUGAGUCCAUCUGCUCAGAAUCUAAUGGAAGCACAAGAGAGUUUUCAGAGACCAGCCAACCUGAAGAUGCAUCUAAGGUUGAUGGUGCAUCUGAGAAAAAAUGUGUUUCAGCUGAGCCCUUUGUCCCGCCGGCCUCUUCUGUGGAGAGUGCAUUACCAGUGCUUGAGCUCGUGAGUUGGAAGAAGCAGGUGUCUCAUGACUUUCUGGAAACCAGGUUUAAAAUCCAGCAGCUUUUGGAGCCUCAGCAGUACAUGGCCUUUCUGCCCCACCACAUUAUGGUGAAAAUAUUCAGGUUGCUUCCCACCAAGAGUUUGGUGGCUCUUAAAUGUACCUGCUGCUAUUUUAAGUUCAUCAUUGAAUACUACAACAUCAGGCCGGCGGAUUCUCGCUGGGUUCGAGAUCCACGCUAUAGAGAAGAUCCUUGCAAGCAGUGCAAGAAAAAAUAUGUGAAGGGUGACGUGUCCCUGUGCCGGUGGCACCCCAAACCCUACUGUCAGGCAUUGCCCUACGGGCCAGGAUACUGGAUGUGCUGCCACCGGUCCCAGAAAGGCUUUCCUGGCUGCAAGCUAGGGCUUCAUGACAAUCACUGGGUCCCUGCCUGCCACAGCUUUAAUCGGGCAAUCCAUAAGAAAGCAAAAGGGACUGAAAUCGAAGAGGAAUAUUAA